UCUUUCAAAUUUGACGUUUUUUGCAUUGUUUUUGACGUGUAAACCUGUCGCUUUCUCUAUAUUUACAAAAAAAUAUUUGAAUUAAAUUAAUUAAAUAAUCUCAAUAAUAAUUUAAUAAUGUCGAGCGGCCAAUGGGAAGUUGUUGGCAAAAGCAAGAAGUCUCAAAAUGGUAAAGUGAAAACCGCUAAAGAUGAAGAUAAAAAGCCGAACAAAAAUGGGCCAAAAGUUGAAGACGUCGUGCCACCCAAGUCUUACUACUCCGGAAUGGAGAUAGACGACACCAGAAUAUCGGCAAAUAAGAAGAAUGGGGAGAAGAAGAAAAAAAAGGCCGAACCGGCGAAGCCUAAACCCCCUAAAACCAUUGAAGAAGCCCUAGAAGCGAUUGACCCAACAGAGCUGGCAAGCAUAAUAACAAGCAACAAACUGAGAUUUUCAAAUGCACCACUGGUCUGGUUGAAAGAGAUAGCUAGUUUCCUCAACUCCAAAACCCAGAUAGACAUAGAUGAUCCAACAUUCUCCAACUAUCCCCUAGAUUACCCCCUAUCUGUCAUCCCUGCAGCAAUAAGGAAGCCUUUGGAAAAUGUGUUGCAUGAAGCUGGGAAGGCUAAUACACAAUUGUUCUUUGAUGUCACCCUCACUGCAAUAGCUAAUGAUAUGACUAGAGGCCAAUCAGUAAAUGGACACAGACUACUUCUCCAGAUGCUAGCAUUAGAUAGCCCAGACUUCUGUGUUGCGUCCAUAGCCAAGAGCGUUACCCUGAGAAACUCCUACCAAAAUAGGCCUCCAAUUGGUCUGUCCUUGUUAUGGGUUCUAGGACAAGGUGGUCUUAGCAACUUCGCUGUGGGAAUGAAAGCCUGGCAAGAACUAUUCCUCCCAAUAAUAGAAUUGAAGAACUAUUCAAAAUACGCAAUAAAUUAUUUGGAGGAGAUAUUAGCUAGGCACAGCAGCAUGGCCAGUACAAAGGUGACAUUUGACCAGUUGGUCGCCAUGUUCGAUUUGAUCAACAACAAACGGAAUGCACUGUCAAAGGAUCUGUCAAACGAGCUUAUCAAACAAUUGAGUAAAUAUAAGGACAUCUAUUUCAAUAACAGUGGCAACAAACUCCAAGUGCCAUUCAACCACCUGAUGAAGAAGCUACCCAACCAGUACCUCAGCGGCCCAUCCCUGGACCCCUACCACAGGGUCCUGGUGGAAUGCCUGGUCGACUGCCUUCAUAAAGACGACUCCUGCAAUGCAACCUGGAGGCAACUCUUCAAUAGAUGCAGCAAACAGUCUGCAACCUUAUUAGAAUAUAUUGAUACAAAUUGGGAGGUGGUUAGUCCAAGACUGAAGAAGAAGUCAUUGAAGACGACAGUCACACAAUUCGUGGAGGUUUGCGGGGAAACUCUGAAGGGCAAGAAGAAAGACGAGACCGUUGUCAAAGCCAAUAAGAUAUGCCAGGAUAUUCUAGACAGGAUGACGAGCACUAGAAGGUUCCCUUGGCUGUGGGCCAGCUUCCUGUUGCUGGUAGGCAUUGCUGGCCUGGUUGCAUAUGAUGUGCAGAAAGUCGGAGGAAACUUCCCCAAGAGCACAACCGGGAAGUUAAUGAAAGAUCUCGGGAUAUUAGAACAAAGUCAGUACGCAUGGCAGAAGACUCUCUCAACGUCAGCCCGAGGGUACCUCUGGCUGGAGACCAACGCACCGAUCUACUACGCUCAGACAGUUGAAGUUGUGACACCCUACGCUCUGCUAUCAAAAGAUGCACUUAUAAUAGCAUCCAAGAAGCUCGGGAUACUAUAUGGGAAUAUGAAGGAUUAUGUGGCAGAGAAGACCCCGGUUGUUCUUGCAACAAUAGAGCAGUACGCUCCAGGGAUGAUAGACACGGUGCAGGGUUAUGCGACCAGUGGAUUUGUGACCGUUAGAAAAUAUUCUAACGACUAUUACCAACUGACUGCUGACUAUUUGAAGACGAAAGUUUUUGUAGGUGAAUGGGCACCAGAGAUACUCCAGAGCAAGACGGAGCUGGCACUCAAUGCCACCAAGCUCCACGUGACGUCAUACUUCCACUGGUUCAGAGAGCAAGUCAAUGUGUACUCCGAGAUACCGUGAAGACUGUUCAGGAUGUGAUGUGAUAGACGUUCAAGUGUUAUGUAAUUUUAUUUUCAGGGGUACCAAAUCGUGGUCAGUUUUAUAACUGUUAUACAGCAUGCGCCGAUAUUUUGAGAAAUUACGGGAAGUCAUUGAUAAAUGAUCAGAUGUCAGUAUACACAAUUGAGUUUGAGCUUUUUUUUUAAUAUAGAUUGCACUCAAAAUUUUAUGCUACUAGAUAUGUUUAGUAGUAUUUUAUACUACUAGUGGACAAAAGUGGCUAAUUGUCUUAAUUUUAUUUUGUUGUGUUGUCGCAUUGUGAAUGAAAGUUAUUCAAACAAAUAAUACCUAAAUAUUGUCUAUAACGCCGAGUUUUGUGUUCAGGAAGUGUAAAAACUAUAUACACAUAAAUAUAUAAUAUAAGUAAACACAAAUUUGUGCAUGUAUGCUCUCUUCUUGCAAUGAUUUUGUAGGCACAUAACAUAUCUAAUAGUAGAAAAUCUUUGGAUUGCACUGUCUUACUAUGACAUUACACUGUAUCUUUAGAUACUGUUUUGCUACACUGUAUGUAGCAAAUACAACAACUGCGAUUUUCAACUGUUUUUACAAUACAGUAUUUUGUCAUAAUACGCCAGCACUGUAUUUCAUACCAACGUAUUGCCGCCACAUACUGAUACUAAGAAUUCUUUGGAAAAAUCAUAUAUUUCACAGCCCAAUCCAGACAAACCCUAUUAAAAUUAAUGAUGAUUAAGGAGACAGCACCAACAAGGCAAUCAGACAGUGUUAUAACUAACAUUUGUCGUUUUCUAGUAAAAUAUGUUAAUCUAAAGAUUUGCUUCACAAGCUUAACCUCAAACUCUGAAUAUUCCAAUAAGAACAAACUCAGAGUUUCUUGCAAUAAAUUAUUUUUUGUGUCAAAACCUUAAACUUCCCAAUCACGGAUCUGGCAUCCUAAAUGUUAUAAAUCAACAAUACCAUCUCAAAAUGAACAAAUUAACGUAAACUGACAAUUUUUACGAGUAUAGUGUAAAUGGGCUCAAAAUCAACGCAUGCUGUAUAACGUACGAUCAACACAAGUGUACAUUUUGUUACUGCAAUAGUUUUUAAUCUCACAUUACCAUCGGACUAAUAAAAUUGGCACAAUACAUAAAAAAAUAACCCUUCUUGUAAAAAAUGACCCUUCAAUCAGUAAUGAGACAAGUGAAACACUUUGUCAAUCUAGAUCACUUGUCAAUCUAGAUCACUUGUCAAUCUAGAUCACUUGUCAAUCUAGAUCACUUGUCAAUCUAGAUCACUUGCCGAUUUAGUUCACUUGUCAAUCUAGAUCACUUGUCAAUAUGGCUCAUUUGUUAACAUUAAAAAAAAUCUCUUUUCGCUUUCAUCAUAAAUGCAAAACACUUCACAAGUAGAAUGAGUAUAGAAAUAAUUUCUAAGGUGUGAAAUAUUUUCUAUUCUCAUUAAAACUAUUAAGUAACACUUAUAUAAUAAUUUAUAAAUGAAAUAUAUAUAUACAUAGCGUGACCAGAAAAAUAAAAAAACGCCAUGAUUGCGAAAAUAAAAACUGAUUUCGUUCAUUAGCAAUAUAUUUGUGGCGCCGGAGUUUUUAUAUUUCUUAUUUCUGGUCAGUUAUUUUCUUUUUGUUUUCAUAAGAUCACAAUUUUAUAUCUAUAAACUUUUACUUAUUAUGUAUUAUCAAUUAAUUACUUUGUUUUAUUAUGAUCUUGUUAUAGACUAUAGAAUUGAUUUAAUCUCAAUUAUUGUUUUGGCUGAAUAUUGCAUUCUAAAAGCAAUAUAAAAUUUAAAUUUUAACUUUUAAAUUAAAUUGGUAUAGUUUUUAAUCAAUUUAUUUAAUUUAUUUUUCACCAUGAUUUAAAUCACAAUAAUUAUAUUUAUAAAAAGUUCAAUAAUACUUAAUACCAUUAAUUAUAUUGACCUCAUGAAAUUAUUUAAAACGAAACCUCAAAGUUUUUUAAUUAUUAUCUCUCUUUUUACUUUCACGGUUAGUGUAUAUUUUUAUUUAUAUUAUUUUAAUUAAAAAAAAAAUAAUGUUUCAGAAAAAAAAACCAUUCAUUCACAAUCUAGGCUAGUUGCAUGCUAUUGAUUUUACUAAAUUAUUUAUAAAAAUGAUUUUUUCAAAAAGCAAUCAAUUUGUCAUAUCAAUAUUAUAAAUGUAGAUUUUUAUUUUCAUUUCCACCAUGACAAUGAAGACUUCGUGAAUCAGUAUUUUUUAACAUUCCCUUUUGCAUUUAAAUUAUUGAUUGAAAAUGUUAAAUUAAAAUUUACUAACAUACAAAAUAAAUAAUAAUUAUAUAAUUUAUCACAAGAGACACCUUUUGAAAUGUGAGAUGAAAUGCUAACUAUGUAUAAGUUUUGUAGUGUAUUUAUGUGUGUUUUUAAUAUUAAAUAUAUUACGGUGGUGAAGACAAUGUCACAUUUUAUGCAAACCUCUGUUAGUUGAUAUAAUAAGUGUAUGUAUUUUUAAAAAUCAUAAAGACAUGUUCACAUCAUUCCAGUUAUGCUAUCUGAACAAGUUAUUUAAUAUUUGUAUUGGAAUCAUGUGAACUAAAAUAUAGCCAAUUGACAUUAUUCCAGUUAAGUUUAGAUAACUUGAAGCCAUUGUAUUCGUGGGAUUUAAUAAAAAUCUGUUCUUUUUACAAUCAAAUGAACAUAUUACAGCCUGUUGACAUAAUUUCAGUGAAGCAAGCAAUAACUUAUAUUCAUAAAAAUUCUACCUAUUCAUAAAUACGAUGAAAUAGGGAAAUAGGAUGUUAUAUUUGCUUACAUGACCGUUUGAUAUAGGAUAACGAUUUUAGCUAAAUAUAAAAAAAAACCAGUGUAUUUCUUUUAUCUAUACCAAUAUUAUAAAGCUGAAGAGUUUGUUUGUUUGUUUGUUUGAACGCGUUAAUCUCAGGAACCACAGGUCCAAUUUGAAAAAUUCUUGCAGUGUUAGAUAGCCCAUUCAUCGGGGAAGACUAUAGGCUAUUUAUAUUAUCACCGUAUUCCUACGGGAACGGGAACCACGCGGCGUCAGCUCAUAGAUACAAUAUGUACUAAAUCACUUAUGUGUUUUUGCAACACAAUGGACUAUUAAAAUAUUAUGAUUCUGCCAUUGGACUGGUAUAAUGUGAAUUGGCGAUUAUAGAUGCUUCGUAAUUAACUAAUUGAAUCUUAUUGAGAUGUCAUGCUUUUACAAACUUUAUUAUUACUUACCUGUGUAUUUUAGUUAUAUCUGGUGUUACAUUUAAUGUCGUGUCGUCAUCGGCGCCGUGUCGUAUUGAAAUUAAAGAGGAGAUAAUUUCUUUA